CCCACCCGCUUAAAUUGUAUAGAGGCGGCCUCUGCUCUCUUCUUCUCAGUCUUCUCCAUCUCCGCGCCGCCGUAGCCAUGGUGAACGUUCCAAAGACAAAGAGGACCUACUGCAAGAGCAAGGAGUGCAAAAAGCACACCUUGCACAAGGUUACACAAUACAAGAAAGGAAAGGACAGCCUUGCUGCUCAGGGAAAGCGUCGUUAUGACCGUAAGCAAUCGGGUUAUGGAGGUCAGACCAAGCCAGUGUUUCACAAAAAGGCCAAGACCACCAAGAAGAUUGUGCUGAGGCUCCAAUGCCAGGGUUGCAAGCAUGUGUCGCAGCACCCAAUCAAGAGGUGUAAGCACUUUGAAAUCGGUGGAGACAAGAAGGGCAAGGGAACCUCUCUUUUCUAGAUGCACCAUUUUGGGUGUAACUUUUGGUUUUUGCCUUAUCAAUCUUGUUGGAGCUUUAAAGCAAGCAUGUUAGGUUCAUCCUUGUCGAUUUUUAUGCUGAACACCAAAUUUAUUGGUGAGACUCAGUUUUUGCUUUCAAUCAAGAUCACUUUUUUGACUA